AUGCUUACAAAGACCAAAGGAUGCCUACAACUAGUUGGAGUAUUAAUUUCGAUAUGGCUGGGGCAUGUUGGAAGCCAAGCUGUGGUGGACAAUCGAUGCUAUUUGGAAAAUGGAGGUUCGGCCGAAAGCUUCUUCGUGUCCGAAGAUGUACCAGUCGGAUCUAUUAUUGGCGUUUUGAAGAUAAACGGAGACACGUCCGAAACUGGAAACAUAAAUUUAUCACUGAAAGAGGUGGACAGUCCGGUCGCCAUCCUACCCGGUACAAAAGAACUCAGCCUGACCAAACUAUUGGAUAAAGAAGGUAUUUCCGGACCAUCUUCCGUUUACGUAAAUGUGAUCUGCGAGCGAAAACAUACAGCUGAUCCCAACUUCGCCAUUCCAGUGAGCAUUCGAGUCACCGACGCCAACGACAACGCUCCCAUAUUUGUCAAUGCCCCUUACGUACUCAAUAUAUCAGAGGUGACCGUGGUCGGGACCAGAGUGUUGCAGGGCAUCAAAGCCGUCGACGCCGAUCAACUCGGACCGUUUUCCACCGUACACUAUACCGUGCUUCCGGGACCGCAUUCGGAUUUUUUCGUUUUCGUCAAUGGCCUAGAAGGAACCCUGGUGUUAAGAAAAGCGUUGGACUACGAAACCCUUUCAAAUUUUACCAUCGGUAUUCGAGCACAGGAUCAAGGCAAUCCACCGCAAUAUACAGAUACAGUCAUAUUUGUUAACAUUAUUGAUGCAGAUGAUCAAAAUCCAAAGUUUUACGACGAAAGAUAUACUGCUACUUUACCUGAUAGUGCUGUCAAAGGCACAAAACUUAGGGUGUUUCCAAGAGAAAUUGCUGCAUACGAUCAAGACCUCGGAAUAAACGCUAAUAUAUUUUACACUCUGAACUCUGAUACUCAAGACUCUCGAUACUUUGAACUGGACAGAGUUUCGGGUAGUGUUACCGUUAAACGUGCCAUUCCAGAAGACGAUUUGUUGCAACCUGUCACCAUGGUCAUUCGAGCCACACAAUUCGAUAACGCCGAUCGUUACGCACUGGCCACGUUGGCUAUAAGCCGACCGGGUACGUCACUUCGUGAACUUCAGUUUCUACAAGACCACUAUCAGGCAGGAGUGCUGGAAAACGUGCCGUUGGAAAGCGUCCUGCUGACCGUGAUCACUAACAAACCAAAGGACAAGCGGCUGAAGUAUUGGCUGAGCAACUAUACGGACAUAUUUUCAAUAUCGAUCAACUGGCGACAUCGUUUUGAAAAAACCACUGGAUUACGAAACGAUUGA